UUAGCCGUAAGGAACAUGGCUAACAAUGAAAGGCGCAGAGGAGACCAAGACUUCAACCACCGGCCCACAGGAAUAGUUAUCCCGCUCGAAGAGUUGAAACCUCUCACAUCCGGAGAUGAACCAAUUAACGAAUUGAUUGUUGCUACUUCAGCGAGAAACGCCAAUGACAUCACUGGGGUGGAAGAUAGUUUAAACAACAAUAGGAAUAUAAACUACACCGCUAAAAAGAACUUUUCUCAAGGUAUGAUGGAUAUUGCCCUAUUGACGGCCAAUGCCAGUCAACUGCGUUACGUAAUGCGGUCUCCUUAUUGGGAUUUUUACCACAAGUUGAACAUUACGCUAAUUUGCAUCAGCAUUGCUCUUCAGAUUAUAGCAGGUAUACUACUAGUUUGCGUCAGCCGCAAAGACUACAAACGCAAAGAUGUUCGUGAAGGAACUCGAAUAAUGAACGACGUUGUUGUCAUUUUAAUCUUCGCCAUCACAUUUGUCAACAUUUUCAUUGCCACUUUCGGGAUCGACGAUGAACGCACGACAUUUCUUCGCUGGAAGCAAACUGCCACCGAUAUUCCUUCCGAGCCAUAUUCACCUACUGGAGUCUGAAACUUCUUCUCCACCCGGGGCAACAAAAAAACAGUGAAGCCCCCAAUUGCCUAGCCUUUACUAGAAGAUUCAAUUGUUUAACCGAAUUUCAGUUUUAAAAUAAAGCAUGAUCUUUAGAA